CUCUUUGUGCGGAAGUCGGUGAGAGAAAAAAAAACUGCUGAUCAGCCAAUCUGCUAUCCGUCAGUCUCUCUGCGGGUUUUAUUAUCCUCCAUCCCUCUCUCCUCCAUCCACCUAUCUCCCCCUCUUUUCACCUCCUCCUCCUGUUCUCUCCAUCGUUCCUCCUCCUCCUGUUGUUCCUCCGCUCUGCAGCAGCGAUGCUCCCACCGGGCCUGGCCGGUGUCGGCGCUCUGAGUUCGGGCUGGCAGUAGAUCGGCUCGUCGGUCAUGGUGCAGAAGUCCCGGAACGGCGGGGUGUUCCCCGGAGCGCAGGCCGACCAGAAGAAACUGAAGGUCGGCUUCGUGGGUCUGGAGGCCGGGGGUACUGAGUCCAGCAGGGACGGAGCUCUGCUUAUAGCAGGUGGGGAGGAGGGUCCACGGCGGCAGCGCAGCAGUGUCUCUGGAGGAAAGAAACCUCCGAAACGUAACGCCCUCUAUAGGCGACUGCAGAACUUCCUGUACAACGUUCUGGAGAGACCUCGAGGAUGGGCCUUCAUCUAUCACGCCUACGUGUUCCUGCUGGUGUUCUCUUGCUUGGUUCUGUCUGUGUUCUCCACCAUCAAAGAGUACGAGAAGAGUUCAGAAGACGCUCUUUACAUUCUGGAGGUGGUGACCAUCGUGGUGUUCGGGGUGGAGUACAUGGUGAGGAUCUGGGCUGCAGGUUGCUGCUGUCGGUACAGAGGAUGGAAAGGAAGACUCAAGUUCGCCAGAAAACCUUUCUGUGUCAUCGACAUCAUGGUGCUGAUAGCGUCAAUCUCAGUGCUGGCUGCAGGGACUCAGGGGAACGUGUUCGCCACAUCGGCCAUCAGGUCUCUUCGGUUCCUUCAGAUUCUGAGGAUGAUCCGGAUGGACCGCCGUGGAGGAACCUGGAAACUGCUGGGAUCAGUCGUCUACGCCCACAGCAAGGAGCUGAUCACAGCCUGGUACAUUGGCUUCCUGUGUCUCAUUCUGGCCAGUUUCCUUGUUUAUUUGGCAGAAAAAGAAGACAAUGAACAGUUUGAGACGUACGCAGACGCCCUCUGGUGGGGACUGAUCACUUUGACAACCAUUGGUUACGGAGACAAGUUCCCCAUCACCUGGAAUGGACGUCUGCUGGCUGCAACCUUCACUCUGAUUGGAGUCUCCUUCUUUGCUUUGCCCGCUGGGAUCCUGGGUUCUGGUUUUGCUCUUAAGGUCCAGGAGCAGCACCGACAGAAACACUUUGAGAAGAGACGGAACCCAGCAGCUGGACUCAUACAGGCGGCGUGGAGAGUUUACGCCACAAACCUGAGCCGAACUGAUCUGACUUCAACCUGGGAUUAUUAUGAGAGGACCGUCUCUGUCCCCAUGUACAGGUUGAUCCCACCACUCAAUCAGCUGGACUUACUGAGGAACCUCAAGAACAAAUCAGGACUCUCAUUCAG